AUCGCCCAGCGGGAACAGACGGACAGACACACAUUACAUUGUGUUGAUAUAGUGUGGACGAGAGUUUUUAAAGAUAUAGAUUUUAAAAUGAGACUGUUCAUACUUCUUGCCAUAGUGAUGAUCGUUGGUAUUACAUCCAGGGUGACGGCAGGUACCGACGCGAGGAAACGAAGUCAAAGCAUGUACAGAAUGACUGAACUACCCCCUGCGAGAAAGGGGGGUGUUAAAGGCGCCCGUACAACUUUACGCCCCCUUAAAAAGGGGGAGUACGUAUGCGGCAACAGGAUCUGUCAGCUGCGACCGGGGGAGGUACCCAGGGGGUGCGAGGGGGGAGAGUGUCAGUACAACGUGGGUUACAUGCACAGAGCACAGUACUACAGGCCUUAGAUGUGACUGACUGACUGAAGAUAUUAAAAAGUGA